AUGGAAGUAAUUGAAUCACUAAAUAAACAAGCACUUGCAUAAACAGAUUCUCACUUAGCUCUUGAGAUUUUAGAUAGAGCUCUUGGUCUCUUAUAAUACAAUGCUGAUUGUGGCAAAAUCAUAGAUCGCAAUCUCAUAGUUACUAUUAUCUAUAAUCUUGCUGGUGUUAAUUAAGCGUACAUUUACUUUAAUCUAUAUUCAGAUUAUGCAAUCUAGAUAAAGCAGCCUAAUACUUAGAAGGAACCGUUUUUAAUUUACAAGAAAUGAUUCAACAAGAAAACAAUCAAGUCUUUCUGAUUAAACGAAUGCAUCUUUUAGCUGUUGUACAAUUAUAAUAUUGUGGAAUAUUAUCACAAUUGAAUUAACAUUAAGUGGCAUCUAAUGUUGCACACUCUACUGUCGUAUUAAUCAAUAGACUUUUUGAGAUCAGUUAUUAAUAUUAAAGCAGUUAGUAGACAAACAAUAAAAAAGUAUAAAAAUAUUAAAAGGGAUAAUAUAUUUUUGAAGAAUAUGAUUUUAAGAAUCUAUUACUAAAGAGAUCUGAAGAAUUACUUAAAUUCAUAAAACAAUUUAUAACUACUUAAUUAAUUGAAUCAGAAGAAUAGCCUAAAUUAUAAGAAUUAGCAAAUCAUAUUUUUACUUGGAAAUUGAACUCUUUAAAUAAUGAUAAAUUGCCUAAACAAUCUUUUACUAAACUCUAUUAAAGAUCAAUGAUUGGUUUACUUAAUGAAAAUGAAUGGUUAAUAUCAUUUAAUGUUAGUAACAUAAUGUAUAUAAGAUUACUGACUUAUGAAGAAGUAUGUCUUAAAGGAGAAAUCCUAUAUGAAUUUAGUUAAAAAGUCUUAAUUGAAAAAUUAAUACUAUUAUCUAUGGCCUAUUUUUCACUUGCUUCAGAAACUAGAUACUUGAAAAAUGAAAUCAAAUCAUAAUUUUAUCAUCUAAAAUCUAUCUAUAUUGUAAGUAGUAUAUUGAAUGAGAGUUCUCCAUAUUUAGAUCAUCUAAUAUAAUCAUUUUGCAUACAUUAUCAAUAACAAUUAGAGACAAUUGUAUUUAAUCUAUUGUAUUUUAGCUUGAAGAGUAGUCCUUUGUUGAUUAGAGUACAAAAGUAAGUCUUAAAAGAAAAGAAAGUCUGAUGGCUAAUAAAGAAAAUACUCAUGAUCAUCUUAAAUAAUUGAUUGAAAGUCUAUCAAAGGAUAAAAAAUUUAAAUAGGAAUCUAUACAAAAAACUUUAAAUCAAUUACAAAAUCUAAAAGACAGUAAAAUUAAUAUUAAUACUUUUAGAAUUGUAUAAAUAGAGAUCUGAAACUAUUUUAAAAAGAUUUAAAACUGAACCAAGUUUACAUUUUGAUAAAAGUGAUAGAAAUUGUAAAUAAAUAUUAUAAUAAUUAAUGAAAUAAUGA